AUGAAAAAAAUGACUCGAUUAGAAGACUUAUCUAACGAAAUAUUCUUCGAAAUAUUUGAUUAUUUACAUGCACUUGAUAUUUUUACGGCAUUUUCAACACUCAAUCAACGUAUUACAUUGAUACUUUCUUCAAUUCCACUUCAUAUUGUCGUUUCCUCAUCUCAUUGUCAUCGUCAAAUAAAAUUUCUUUCUUUCUAUCUUAUCAAUCAUGCACAUCAAGUAGUUUCAAUUUCUCUUGAAGAUUCAAUUCGUGAUUUUACAUCUAUUAUUUCUUUCUUUUUCAUUCAACAUGCAUUUGAAAAUCUUGAACACUGUUUACUUUACUCAUCACAUUGGUCAAUACAAUCGCGAACUGCAUUGGAACAAUUAAAAAAUCUUAUUAAACUUAGAUCGCUUCGAUUUAUCGUAACAAAUCAUAUGCAACUUUAUGAAAAAGAGAAACAAUAUAUAAGUCAAACUAUUUUAACACAUCAAUCAUUUUCACUUCGCUCGCUCGAUUUUGUAUUUUACUUCAAUCAUUCUCAUUUAACAACUGCCGUUACUCUUAACUGGACAUUAACAUCAAUGUCUUUAACAUUUUAUGAUUUACCUCGUCGAUUAUCAAUUUAUUGUGUUCUACAUGUAUUUCAUAUUUAUCGUGCAUUAAGACGUUUACGUGUAUUUAUAUCAAUUCCUACAAAUCCAAAUAUUUACCAUGCAUAUGCGCCAAUGUUACCAGCAGCUUUCCAAGAUAAUUUACCAGUACUUCCAUACUUGAAAUUUUUUGAUUUACAAACAAUAACAAUGUGCAAUAUUGACUCACUUAGUGUUAUUCUUCGUUGUAUGCCUAAUCUUCGUCAAUUUAUUUUCACUAUUACAUCAUCUAAACGAAUCUCUCGUUAUAUUCGUGAUUUGCUCGAUGGUUAUAAAUGGCAACACUUAUUCAGUAUGCGAGCUGUAAUAAACAUGGAUGAUAUUGUUCAUUCAUUUCAAUAUUUUGUUGAACAUUAUGAUGGUUGGCAUAUGUCUGUUGAAUGUUCAAGACUUUGGACUGAAAAAUUAAAAGAAUGUAUCAGUUUGCGAACUCUAACAUAUUCAACUAAUAGACGAGAAUACAAUUCUCUAGAACCAAGCAUGAUACUUGGAACAUUGCAUGUACAAUCGACAUUAAUAACAGAUGAUCAAUAUCACAAUUUUCAUCAGCAUAACACAAAAUUAAAAGUUAUUGUACCUAUAAAUAUAGCAAUAACUGGUAAUCUACCAUCUUCUGUACCAUUUCAAAAUGUUCAACAUCUUGUGAUCGUAUUUCAACAGUCAACAUUAACAUUAUGGGAAAAUUUAUUGAAACUCAUUUCUAUGUAUCAUCAGGAAAAUGAUGAAAUUGGCUCUAAACAAUAUGUGAAUGUACUUAAGAGUUAUGUAGAUUUAUCUACAAUAAAGAGAAUAGAUUUUGAACCAAAGAAUGAUAUAUCUCAACUUUAUUAUAUUGAACAGAUCUUAUUGUAA